AUGCUUAAGCUGAACUCUAUUAAACUCAAGAUUUUGGAAUCAUAUUUUAUGAGGAGGUAAAUGUUUUAAAAGGCUAAAACUGAAAAGAUUAUAGGUAAUUUAAAUAUAAUUAUAAAACGAAUUAUUUGA